AUGUUUCCUCACAGUCAAUACCCUCUAAGUACCAACACUUACGGCGAUACAUAUUACGAUCCUCAAUGUAGGCAGGUUAGUAUGCCGUAUCCGAGUGGCGAAUAUGUGUAUGACAACUCUUCUAGAACUCUUCCCAGUCCUCGACGAGCGAGUUUAACGGAGAAGCUGAGUGCCGCUCGAGCUGGUGCUAUGUAUGGUAGCCAGGAGUACUCAAGAUAUUAUGCUUUUCCAGAAGCACAAGAGUAUCCUAGGGACUACGAGCGACCCUCUCAUACUAGCCAAGUGACCGAAGAUCGACCGCGGAAGAGCAUCACAAGUGGUGGCUCAACUCAACCUGACAGAACGAUGGUACUUUCUUCAUCGGAUGCAAAAUCUGCUAGCCCAUAUGUGGUACUCAAAGAUCCCCGUAAACAAAACACAUAUCACCUGUCUUCAAUCAAGAGGGUCGAUCCCCAAAGUUCUCUUGCUUACAUCGAGAAUGGUAAAUGUGCAUAUUCGCACAAGUUAGACCUCAUCCUCAGAGCCCACCAUAUUGGUUCUGAAGAAGAUACGACAAUCCAGAUUCCGAUGCAAGAAGGAUGGGAAUGUAACGAUCAGCGAGCUUUUGAAGGGGAUAUGAAUGGGGCUCUGACGAGUUUCUUGGAAGCUACUAUGAAGGGGGUCUUGAGGAAUAAGGAGUCUCGAAGAGCACCGCUGGAAGACCUUUUGUCUCAAGCUAAGGAGGAGAGAUCGGUGUAUCUGAAGACUAAGGGUACUUCCUGA